CAUGCCGCAGUCAACCAUUCCAAGUCUUCAUGGCUCCGAUACAACCCUCACAAGACAGCCUUGAUAGGCGGAAGACCGUCGGCAUCAACGCCGAGACCGUCACUAAUAUCACUUCGACCGACUUUCCUGGUCAUCAUGCGGGCGAAGACAACGCUUGGUCCCUCGACAGAUUCGAGAACAACCUGAAAAUCCUCUUCCACCAGAACCAAACACAUGAAGCCACUUUCUCCCUCGUCGGGGUUGACGCCUCUGUCGCCAACGCUUUCCGCCGCAUCCUCCUCGCCGACGUCAACACUCUAGCGAUUGAAAAGGUCUAUGUUCAGAACAACACCUCUGUGAUAGCGGAUGAAGUUCUCGCCCAUCGGCUAGGAUUGGUCCCAUUAAAGGGAAACCUUGAAGGCUUCAAAAAACUUAAAGUUUUCGUUGAGCCGCAUCCCGACAGUGGUACCAAAGGCACCGGUCUGACGGACAGGAAUACGGUCGUGCUGAAGCUGAAGGUCAAAUGUGAACGACGACCAAACGCGAACCGAAAUGCCACAGAGCCGGAAGAAAAAUACAUCAACAGCAGCGUGUAUUCACGGCACAUUACAUUCGCGCCCGAAGGCAUACAGCAAGUGCUUUUCGCAAAAGAGCCGAUACAAGCCGUCAGUCCAGAUAUAUUGAUCGCCAAGCUACGGCCGGGUCAAGAAAUCGACUUGGUCAUGCACGCACACAUGUCCAAGGGUGGUGAUCACGCCAAAUUUUCACCUGUUGCGACUGCCACAUACCGCCUCCUGCCGACCAUAACCAUCACAAAACCCAUUCUCGGCGCGGACGCCCGAAAGUUUCAAAAGUGCUUCCCCCCAGGUGUGAUCGACCUCGAACGUGUGACGCCCUCGGACGCGGCGUCGGACGAAUCAGCCUACCACAACCGUGAGGGCGACGAGAAGGCCGUCGUCAAAGACCCCAUGCGCGACACCGUGUCGAGAGAAUGCCUGCGGCACGAAGAGUUCAAGGGAAAAGUCAAGUUGGGCAGAGUUCAGGAUCAUUUCAUUUUCAACGUCGAGAGCACGGGCCAGUUUCCGAGCGAUGUUCUAUUCUUGGAGAGUGUUGACACCCUCAAGAAGAAGGCACAGAGACUGUUGAAUGCUUUGGACGAAAUCGGGAAAUAACCAACCACAGAAGUGAUCGAAGUCCAGGAUACUCAGAUGUGAUAUGAUCAUGGCUGCAUCUCUAGGCGUUUCUAUGCAUUGCAGGGUGUUCAAUGCAGGUCUUCUUAGAUACCUCGGAUUGCGAAAUCAAAAAAGUGCUUUGCUUGUCUAUGCAUCGCAACGUGCUGCAGGAGAGUGAUGGAUGUUUCUUUCUUCAUGAGUCAUGCGCUCUAUCCGUUCCUUGAAGUAUUUCACGAGCAGGCUGGACCCUUUUCUGUCUUCCAUUUCACUUCUUGAACACCAGCCGAAACUUGAAGCUUAUCAUAAACGCUGCAUCACUGACGCCUACUUCCUCG